UGUUGCAGAGCUGCGCGCGGGGAGGCUGCGGGGCCGCUGCGGAGCUCCGGCCAUGCGCUGGACAAUGCUGUGUGAGACAGAUACCCGCGUGGCAGUCGUGGAACCAGUUCCCGCAGUUUAUCUUAAUUCAGAUGCUCAAGCGAAAUACGAAGUGUCUCUAGAUGACGUACUGGUCAACUCUUCAGCUAGAGCUGUUGAGAACAACGCUGAGACAGUUGAGGAUACUAAGGCAGAGGGAGCUCAAAUGGACAUGUUCCGUUACAGAGUAUUUGCCUCUUCUGGUCCUGUUGCAUGGACAACACGACGAGAUGGAGAAGUCAAACUGAGGAUGGAGGAACAUGGCAUAGGCAGCGAGGAACCCAAGACAGUUCACGCGCUGCUUGACGAAGCCGUUAAAAAAUAUGGCAAUCGUUAUGCCCUUGCSUACAAAAGGGGUGGCCGUUGGAUGAGGAUGUCGUAUAAGAGGUACUACGAGGAGUGCUGGACUGCAGCAAAAAGCUUUCUGAAGCUGGGACUYGAGCGUUUCCACGGCGUUUGCAUCCUGGGAUUUAACUCUGCGGAGUGGUUUAUUGCUGACAUCGGAGCGAUCCUUGCAGGUGGACUUGCUGUUGGUAUCUACACUACAAGCUCUCCCGAGGCCUGCCACUAUAUUGCUGAGAACUGUAGUGCUAACAUUAUCGUUGUGGAAAACCAUAAACAGCUGCAGAAAAUCUUAGAGAUUGAGCAUAAAUUACCUCAUCUGAAAGCGAUUAUCAUGUAUGGGGAAGAGCCAAAGGAGAAGAGRCCAAACCUAUAUUCUUGGCAGGAGUUCAUCGGCCUCAGUGCUCAYGUUACAGACAGUAAUCUCUUGGAUGUUGUGGAGUCGCAAAAGCCGAACCAGUGCUGCACCCUAAUCUACACCUCAGGAACCACUGGACAGCCAAAGGGAGUGAUGCUGAGCCAUGACAAUCUGACGUGGACGGCAGCGGCCGCGGGGGGGUUCAUACAGCUCUCGGACGCUUUGGACAAGCAAGAGCUGGUGGUGAGCUACCUGCCCCUCAGCCACAUCGCGGCGCAGAUGAUAGAUAUUUGGUUGCCAUUAACUUUCGGUGCCCAAGUUUUCUUUGCUCAACCAGAUGCACUGAAGGGCACUUUGGUGGACACCCUGCGGGAGGUGAGGCCGACCGCCUUCCUGGGAGUUCCUCGCGUCUGGGAGAAGAUGGAAGAAAAAAUGAAAUACGUAGGUGCAAAAUCGUCUGCACUCAAAAGGAAAGUGGCGUCGUGGGCCAAGGAAGUCGGGUUGCAGACAAACCUGAAGCAGAUGAACGGGAAUACCCAGCGCCCGGUGAACUUCCGCUUGGCCAGGCACUUGGUUUACAAGAAAGUGCGAAAGGCCCUUGGGCUGGAUCGGUGCACGAGGUGCUACACGGGAGCUGCUCCCAUCACCAGAGAGACCCUGGAGUUUUUCCUGAGCCUGAACAUUCCUGUAUACGAGCUGUACGGCAUGAGCGAGUGCUCCGGGCCUCACACCAUUUCCCUGCCUCACGCCUUCAAGCUGAGCAGCUGCGGAAAGGAAAUUACAGGCUGCCGGACACUGAUCUAUAAGCCAGAUGCUGAGGGCAAUGGGGAGAUCUGCUUCUCUGGAAGACACAUCUUUAUGGGCUAUUUGAACAUGGAAGCUAAAACCAAGGAGGCCAUCGAUAAAGACGGCUGGCUGCACUCGGGCGACCUCGGCAAGCACGAUAAGGACGGAUUCCUCUACAUCACGGGCAGAAUUAAAGAGCUCAUCAUCACUGCUGGAGGUGAGAACAUUCCCCCUGUUCCGAUUGAGGAUGCUGUAAAAGAGGCUGUUCCCAUCAUUAGCAACGCGAUGUUGGUUGGAGACAAAGCAAAAUUCCUUGCUAUGCUCCUAACACUAAAGUGCCAGGUAAAUGAGGAAAGUGGGGAGCCAGGAGACGACCUCACUCCAGAAGCCAUUGAAUACUGCCACAAACUGGGCAGCAAGGCGACCAAGAUCUCCGAAAUCAUACGGAGCAAAGACCCAGCCAUCUACACUGCUAUCCAGAAGGGAAUUUCAGCAGUCAAUGAGAGAGCGGUCUCCAAUGCCCAGAAAGUCCAGAAGUGGGCGCUGCUGGAGAAAGACUUUUCCAUCUUUGGGGGAGAGCUUGGCCCAACCAUGAAGCUGAAGAGAGCGGUGGUGGCUCAGAAGUACCAGGACCAAAUCGCCCGGUUCUACACGGACGCCGAGACGCCCACGACAGAGAGCGCAGCUCAGAAGUGAGCCGGAGCCCGCGCCGAGCGCCCGGGGGCCGAGCGCGCCGUGGCCACGGACUCCUAGUUGCAUUUGCUGAAAUAAAGGAGGCUCGGGCAUCAYACAGCCCCUCUGAAUCGCUUCACUGAAUGACUUCUGGCCCUCUUACUGCAGGAUGCUGCGGGUGCCCAGCCCUUGCUUAUGCGUUUAUUCUAGUGCAGAGAUAUUUAUAAAUAUCAGUGUCGUUAUUUUCUUUUUAUAAGGACAAAAAUCUUUGCAGAAUAGCUCCAUCAGCAAUUUGUUAUUUAUCAUAUAAAACUAUGGUAUACUGUGAUUKUUGUAACCAAAGGUUUUUUUUCCGUAAGUUGAAUGUAAAACAGAAGCAGCAGUUUUCYUGCAGUGGGGAAGGCUGUGUGCUUUUCAUGACUGUGCAUUUCUUUUUCCCUUGCUGUGUGUUUACCUGCAUGCUGAUGACAUCUGAAUUACUUCAAACCCUACUUUCCCACAGCAUGUCUUCUGUCAGCUAAAUGUGCUGUAGAGCAGUACACGUGGGCUAAGUGUCUAAAACCUGGGCUUUACAAGGUCUGUGCAAUAUAUCGAGCCUCAGUUCUAGCCUGCUGAGUUAUAUCGUUAAAAAUACACACGGCCUGUGUCAGGAGCAGCAUUGCCCAAAGGGACUAGUUCUAAAGCUGAACAAAUGUGUGUGAAACGGGGCUGUAGUCUCAGUCAUAGAAGGGGUGUCUA